AUGCAGUUAGCUUCCAUCUUCUUCUUGAUCGGCGUUGGCCUUGCCUCCGGUGCUGCUAACAUGUACAUGUUGAUCUUCGGCAGAAUCUUGCUCGGCUUUGGCGUUGGCUUUGGUAAUCAGGCCGUACCGCUUUUCUUAUCAGAGAUUGCUCCAGCGAAGCUUCGUGGAGGUCUCAACAUUGUGUUCCAACUAAUGAUAACAAUAGGAAUCCUUAUCGCCAACGUAGUCAACUACUUCACCUCUUCUAUUCACCCUUACGGAUGGCGACUCGCCCUCGGUGGCGCGGGGAUUCCUGCCCUCGUCCUCCUCUUCGGAUCACUUGUCAUCUGCGAAACACCGACGAGUCUCAUCGAGCGUAACAAGAACGAGGAAGGCAAAGCUACUCUCAAGAAGAUCAGAGGCGUCGAAGAUGUUGAUGAGGAGUAUAACUCACUCGUCCAAGCUUGCGAAUUCGCCAGGCAGGUCAAGGAUCCUUACAGGAGGCUGAUGAAGCGCGAGAGCCGACCGCCACUUGUCAUCGGAAUGCUGCUCCAGCUGUUCCAACAGUUUACUGGAAUCAAUGCCAUCAUGUUUUAUGCCCCGGUUUUGUUUCAGACUGUAGGGUUUGGGAAUGAUGCUGCUUUGCUUUCCGCAGUUAUUACAGGAACUAUCAAUGUUGUUAGUACUUUUGUAGGGAUUUACUUCGUCGACAGAACUGGUCGGAGAUUUCUCUUGCUACAGGCUGCAGUCCAAAUGCUUAUUUGCCAGUUGGUCAUUGGAAUCAUUCUAGCCAAAGACCUAGGUUUGACGGGUACGUUAAGUAGACCAGAAGCCAUAGUAGUGGUUGUCUUUGUGUGCGUUUACGUGAUGGGUUUCGCUUGGUCAUGGGGGCCAUUAGGAUGGUUAAUCCCUAGCGAGACCUUUCCCUUGGAGACACGAACCGAAGGGUAUGCAUUGGCGGUGUCGUGCAACAUGUUAUUCACUUUCGUGAUUGCUCAGGCCUUCCUAUCAAUGCUUUGCGGGAUGAAGUCAGGGAUUUUCUUCUUCUUCAGUGCUUGGAUCGUUGUGAUGGGACUCUUUGCUUUCUUUUUCGUGCCAGAGACUAAAGGUGUCUCGAUUGAUGACAUUAGGGAUAGCGUUUGGAAGCAACAUUGGUACUGGAAGAGGUUUAUGGUUAGAGGAGCAUGAUGUGAAGAAAAGAACAGCUCGCGC